UAUUUCGAGUUGCGAGAUCAACUUACCGUAGUUUAAAUAUUAUUUUCUAAAUUAUGUUUGAUUAUAAUAAAUCGAAUGGGAAAGUUUCAGUACCAUAGAAUUAGACUUCUUUAAAUUGUAAAUGUGACUAUUAAUGGCCAAUAUAACGAAUGGCUGGAUUUAGCUGGUAUUUGUCUGAAGGCUUCCAAGUAAUAAUUGAGAAGUCUAGAGAAGAAAAAUGCUCAUUAAAAGAUGUACAAUUGCGUUUUCUGUGCCCUGAUGAUUUGGAAGAGGUAAGAGCACUAUGCAGAGAAUGGUUUCCUAUAGAAUAUCCACAAUCUUGGUACGAGGAUAUAACAUCCUCUGAGAAAUUUUUUGCUCUAGCAGCUGUAUAUAAGAGUCAAAUUAUUGGUCUCAUAGUUGCCGAAAUAAAGCCAUAUCUCAAGUUAAAUGCUGAAGAUAGAGGAAUACUAUCUAGGUGGUUCGCCUCCAAAGAUACCCUUGUAGCGUACAUACUAUCAUUAGGUGUAGUGCGUUCCUACCGGCGUUCAGGUGUGGCCACAUUACUCCUAGAUGUAUUCUUGAAUCAUCUUGCAGGCCCAGUGUCUCAGCCUCCACAUGAGCAUCGUGUUAAAGCAAUUUUUUUACAUGUCCUUACUACUAAUAAAGAAGCUAUACUGUUUUAUGAGAAAAAACGAUUUCACCUACACUCGUUCCUUCCCUACUACUAUUCCAUAAAGGGUAGAUGUAAAGAUGGUUUUACUUAUGUCUACUAUGUCAAUGGUGGACACGCUCCAUGGGGCCUCUAUGACUAUUUCAAAUAUGUUGCCAGAGCUGCUUUGAGAGGUGGUGGUCUUUACCCUUGGAUAUGGGGAAAAUUUCGUACAGCGCUCACAAUAGCAUGGCACAGAUAACCAGUGAGUGACAUUUUAAAACAUAGACAAUUAAAAAUGUUUUUGACAGCAAACAGAUGUUAGAUGUAGACAAACUUAUGCUUGUCUUCCAAGUUUUACUAUACAGUGACUAAAUUUAUUAAAACUUGUAUAUUUUUAAUGAGAUUCUGCCUUAUUCUACUUAAAGUUUCAGUAAUUCAUUUUUAAUUAUCAAUAUAUACAUAAUGGCUGUGUACUCUUGCCAGAAAAUCUGGGCAGAGACAAAUAUAAACAGAACAAAGACAAUUAUUAUAAGAUGACUGGUAUGUAAGAAUUUAGUAUCAAGAUAAAUUUAAAAUGUAUAAUUUAAGAAGGUUUUUGUUGUGACUUUACUAAGGUCACUAAACAAUGCUAUUGUACUUGAAAGGUUUUUCAUUUAUAAUAGAGGCUAAUUACCGUAUAAGAAAUUAUAGAAAAGGUUAUGUGAACAUUUUCUUUAUUCUUAUUAAACAUUGAGUUAAAUACAAACCUAAAUACAUAUAUACUUUUUUAUGAAGCAUAGUAUAAAUUAACAAUAUAGGUAAUUAAUAUAUUAUUUUGCAGCCUUUGUGAAAAUUAUUUAUUACACCACCUUUGUGUUUAUUGUCAAAGAAUGAUAUUUUUUUUAUUAUUAAUUAACAAUAUAAGACCCAAAUUAUAAUACCCCUUUAUAAAUUUUUAUUUUCUUCAUUUUAUUUUUCGCGCUCGUGUUAAGUCUAUUGUAAUGUGAUGCAACAUCAAUUAUGUUUAAGAAAGGAAGUUGCAUAGGAAAUUGCAGUUGUAUUGAAUCCUUGAAAGUAUGAAUCAAAAUACUUCAUUAUGGUCAAGACGUCAAUACAUAUAUUUUUGUUCUAUCUAUGAAAAAUGUAAUUAUCUUUUAACAUCGAUGGUACCUGGUCCUUCUGGUAUUAUGUUAAUCUAUUAUAAUAUAAAAAUUAGCACUUAAAUGUGACGUCAGCCAUUUUAUGUGAUUUAUUAAUUUUAAUAUCUUAAUAAAUUUAAAUUAUCCGUUAACGUAAUAUAUAGUAGGUUAUUUUCUUAUUGAUAUGGUUAAAGUGUUAUCUAGAACGAAAUAUGUACUUUUUGAGCCUUUGUAUUUUUAUUCAUAUCCAGAACGCACUAUAUACCUAUUAACAUGAAAUCGACAGUAUGGAUUGAUUCACUGCCAGAGAUAAGAGCUGUAGUUAAAUAUAAGCAGUCUAAUGAAACCUCAUUAAGAACUUGAAUUACUUUAAGAAAUAAAAUCUAGUCUGGCUGGAAUUAUGUAAAGAAGAAGGUUAUAAAGUUUUAGCUAUUCGAAUUUUAAUUUUUUAUGAAAUUUAUCAUCUAUAGCACGAUCUAUUCGAUUUAAUUGUAACAUUUGUAAUAUAGAAACUACUAAGUACGUGUUGAGUGUAAAUGGCGUGGCAUGAAAUGUUGAAUGUGCCUGUGUGUUCACAUUAGGUAAAUUUGUACCGAGGAGUGCGUUAUUAAAUGUUAAAAUAUCAUGCAACACAUUUCGUAACAUGACGUAUGUAAAUAUUUUCUGUAUUUCUGUUAAAUCAGUAUUAACAAAAUUCAAAUUUGGAAUAACUGACAUAGAUGAAGGAUCUUAUUUUGUAUAUUGAUAAGCACAUAGACAAUGACUAUAGAAGUAAUUCCUAACAGAGAGUAUCCUAAGUUUUAUCACUUUUUCGCUUUACUAACGAUAAUUUUAAAUUUAGAAUUGUGUCCGAUUAUAGUUCACAUACCAAAGUCAUGUAUGUAUUUCAUUAAUAGAUUUAUAUAUAAGGAAUGGUUAUUGACAAUUAUAGUAUUAUUUUUAUGUGUUUAUUUGUGAUACGCUAAAAGUCAAAAUUAUUUAUGUCGCGCAAUUGAAGAUCAUCACUGAUAUUGAGAAAAGUAUUGUUAAAUUAAUAUUUAAUUUCUAUAAUGUAAAAUAAAUAUCAUUGUUAA